AUGCAAAUAAUUACUUCCGAUAAAAUAGGUUUAUUGAAAUAUGUACAAUGCACAACUGAGAACUACAUUUUCGAACAAUCGCUCAAACCGGAUUUGACAAGAACAAUCAAUAACGUGACGUGGUCUGGUGGAUACGGAGGAUAUGAAGAAUCACAAAUAACUGUAUGCAGAACAAAUGGUUUAGUUGAAAGUUUUGGUUUUUCCCAUGAGGAUGAAAAUCCGAAGAUUAGUGAUAAAUGUUUGGUAUCAUUUCUAUGUUGCAAUAAUUGUAUUUACACAAAAAUGCUGAAUCAUCAUCACAGUAUAAUAUACGAAGAUUUAUUUAAUACAGAAAAAGAGAGAUAUAAAAAUUAUUCCCAAUUUAUGCCUGUGUAUACAAAUGAAAAAAUAAAAAAUGGUGUAUACGAAAAGUACCUAAAAAAUAAUAGACUUUUAGUUACUGUGAGUAAUAGCGGACAUGUUCAUGUACUAAAUUGGGAAUGUGAUGAACAACAUAAAUAUCAUCUGAGUCAAGAAGAUGAAAUGAAACAUUCAUAUGAUCCUGAGAAAAAAAGGAAUAUUUACUUUCAAAAUUACAAGGACAUAAUAUUGCAAAACAUAGAAUUCAAACAAAUUGACGAAAAAAAUAACAGUAAUAAUGUCAUUAUAAAAAAAAACGAAUAUUCAGAUAUAUCUAUGAAUGAUAUAUGUAAGGAUUACCAUUAUAAUAAUAUGUUAUCAGAAGGAAGCAUAUACCAGUCCUACAUUUUAAGUAAUCCAAUUGAUGCUGCUUGUAUUAAUGAGUUGUUGACAAAUAGACUAGCUAUUGGGGGAUAUAAAAACUGUUUAAAAGUAUUUGAUUUAUUUACAGGGAAUUAUAUUUGGAAGUCCAAAAAUAUAGGAACUACUUUAUUAAAUAUAAAUUGCGAAAGUUUAAUAAAAACUGUCAAUUUUUUAAAUGAUAUAAACGUAAAUAUAAUAUCAGCUGCAACCUACGAUCAUAAAAUUAUUCUGUACGAUAUGAGAUGUCAAACUAAACCGGUAUAUAUUUAUGAUCAUUAUAAUCGUACAAAUGUUAGUCAAAAUAAAUUUGCCUAUUUCAAUCAUAAUUACUCCGAGAGCGAUCUCGUAUUUACUUGUAUAAGCAGUAAUUCCCAUGUGACGACUGAAGAAUAUGCAACAAAGAAGGAACAUUGUGCUGAAGCAGAAAAACAAAAUGGAGUGACAGAAAAAAUCAAAGAGCAUGAACAAAUCUUAGACGAAAAAACAGAUGAUCAUCAAAUUGAAAACAAAAUAAAAUCCCACGAAAUAGGGCCCCAUGAAGAAAUUUAUGCCAAAUUUAGCACACAUCAAACGCAAUCAAAAAAUUUACAAAUUUAUGAAAAAUUGAAAGAAGAAAAACGAAGAACAGGAAAUUUAUCAUCCGUAAAUGAUUAUACAAUGGAAAAUGAAAUUAAUGAUGAUCCACGUCCUUCAACUCUGCACAUGGAUGAGGAUGUGGACUUACCCCCACCCAUCCAUGCAAAUGAAUUAAAGUGUAAAAACUACUUUAUAAAAAAAUUUGGCACAAAAGACAGCCAAAUUAUCUUUGUCUCAGAUAACUACGGAAAUGUUUACAAAUUUGAAGUAGUCACAGGAAUUAAACUGUUACAAUAUAUUUAUAUGAAAAAAUGUGCACAAGAAAAAAUAACGUGUGAAGAAGAAAAAAAACAAGACCCUAUUUUUUUGUUAAAAAAUAAAGAAAUUCUGUACGAAUUUUAUAAGGAAUAUCAAAAAAAUAAUAAAACUCAUAUGAGAAAUGAUUUACCUGUUAUGUGGGCUAAAGACAAUUUCGAUCAAUUCUUAAUUUUAUUUCUGAACAAAUUUAAAAUUCAUAAUGGAGCUAUAUCAUCUUUGCGCUUUCACACUGGAGGAAAGUUCCUCUGUUCAGUUAGCUAUGACAGAUUUUUAAGUAUAUUCAAUACACAAAUAAAAAAGGUGAUUAAGCGGGUACACGUCGGACAUAUAUUGACCAAUUGUUUGUUUCGAUCCAUUGAUAUUAAUGAAUCUGAAUGCACCGCGCAGAAUGAAUACGACCCCAAGCCAAGCAAACGACGAAAGCUGCAACAUCCAAAUGAAGAAUCAGAUGAUGAACAAUCAAGCCAAUGCGAAAGCUGGCACGACUCAUCUAAUGGGUCCGACCAGUGUGUAAGCGAAAAUGGAAAAUAUCAUCAGCGGAAUUUUAAGAAGCGUAAAGGGGUGGAUGAUGAGGAUGACGAGGAUGAAGAUGAUGAUGAUGAGGAGGAGGAUGAUGACGAUAAUGAUGGUGACGAUCAAGAAGACGAUGAUGAUGAUGAUGAUGACGAUAAUGAUGGUGACGAUCAAGAAGACGAUGAUGAUGAUGAUAGUGACGAUCAAGAAGACGAUGAUGAUGACCAUCAAGAUGACGAUGACGGAGAGCGUGAUUAUCCAGAUGACUAA